AUGGAAACUGCUCCAAAAAAUACACACGAUCUCGACAGCAUAAUCUGUAACUCAACUGAUGGUUUCCGAUAUAAGGAGGAAUGCCACCACUUGUUCCACUCUGAGGACCUUCCAAGAUCCAAAAUCGAUUUGAUCAAAGAUGUCGAAGUACAGCCGACACAAUUCGUCAUCAUAACUACUAAAGAAGGACCAGUAGAUUCGUUGAAAAUCCACAUCGAGCUGGUGGACCUCCAAGAGAAUAGAACUCUGCCUCAGAUCGACCUCAUCGGACUAUUUCUCGUCGUCACUAGAGGGCGCUAUACGAUACCAUUCCUGAAGCCGAGCCGAUGGUACGGAUUAUCGUUUAUGAGUGAGAAUGUAAUCAACGGAGAGAUGAAUGUCCACAAAGAGAAUAGACUGCUGAGGACUGCAGAGCUCAAUGGUACACGGGCACAUGACAUCUACGAGGUAAGAAAGGAGAGAAACCUAAGGUGCCACACUGUGUUCAUGCAUCGCAACCUAGAUGGUGAGGAGAGCGUGGAACGGCUGUACAUCACGUCGAAAUGGAAAGGAAAGGAGAGGUGGGAGAUAAGAGCCUUGAAAACCACAGGCGAACUGCAUGUUUCUGUGAAGAUACACUGUGAGUUCUCCUCAACCACCGAGCAGAUGAUUCUACAUCUUGACGAGGAUUCACUCACUAUUGAAAUAUCAAUGGAUCUCCGUUACGACAUUAACCACCUAGACGACUCGUUUCAUCGGGUUGUAGCUCACAUUGCACCGUUGAAAUGUCACAAUGCCGACUCAACAAAUGGUAUUUUCCACAUGCCGCUUUCCUCAGACACCGUAUACGCUGUCCAGUACCAGUACAUCAAACUGAAACCGUUUCAUUUCAGCAAAAAAGAGCAUUUUCUUGUUGAAGUUGUGCCUGGGAAUGACUCUGAACCUUUGUUUCCACUGGUUGAGGUCAAUUUCGACACUGAGAAUCGCACCGAAGGCGAUGGCCAUCUAAUUCUGACGCCUUUCGUUACAUUUAUACGUGGCGAGCUCUACGCCAACAGAGAUGUUCAUCUUCACCUGGAGCCAUUUUGUGAACAGACGCAGACUUCAGUAUGGACUCUGAACGACCAAAAAACGAGUUAUCGACUCAAUCUCACGUCAGCAAUUUGCACCAAUACUCUCCUACCGGAAUACUGUCUCCAAGGAAUCUAUACGAAUUGUACGCCAAACAUGUGUUAUUCGACAAGCGUUGUCGUCGACGGUGACGAGUAUGCAUCAAGUGCCCGAUGUCUCAACGUCAGUCAGCACUUCUCAAUCAGGGCUAGCUCUAACCAAAUUUUAUUUUUUGCCUAUUUGCUCACCGUUGUACUUUUCGCUGCUUGCAUUUAA